AUGAAGUUCUUGAUCAUCGCAGUCUUGUUCCUAGUGGCGGUCAGUCAGGCCCAACCUUAUUUUUCCGGCGGUGAUGUAUACGGCCGCGGGUACGGCGGGUAUGGAGGAGGCUACGGAGGUGGCAGCGAGUACGAUCACGCUGGCUUUGACAGAGGGGACCACGGUUACCUUGAUGAGGGGUACGGCAGCAGCGGUAUGAACCAAGGACACGACAUUCGCCACCAGCAAAAUGAAUUUGAUUCAUCGGUCCAUCAACACCAAGUCUCGGACCACAACAGCGGUGGUGUGUCGUCGGGCGAUCGCGGAGGCCACCUGCAUUCUGGUCACGGCGGUUAUGAAUCAGGCCUGAAUGACUACGGAAGAGACUUCGGACACGGCUACAAUCAUGGCAUAUUCUAA